CCCCCGCCGCCGCCCCGCCCUGCCCGGCCCGGCCCGCCCCGCCGCGCUAUAAGCGGGGCAGCAGCGGCGGCGCUGGGCGCUCACGCUGGCGGCGGGAGGCGGCAGCGGCGCUGGGGCAUCUCCGCCCGCCGCCGCAGCCAUGAAGCCUCCGGCAGCCCAGUGCCCGGCGGGGCCAGGGCCGGGGGAGGACGGCGGGGACCUGGCGGAGGCGCUGGGCGAGUUCGACGCGGUGCUGGCUGAGUUCUCCUGCCCCGCCGGCCGGCGCCGCUUCUUCUACGGCGAGCACCUGGAGCGCAUGAAGCGGCGGAGCAGCGCCAGCGUCAGCGACGGCAGCGGCCUCAGCGACUCCGAGAGUGCAGAUUCCCUCUACAGAAAUAGUUUCAGUCUCAGUGAUGAAAAGCUCAACUCUUCAACUGCAUCUACUCCAAGCUUGCCAUCCCCUUCAGUGACUCCUUGUAAAGCAAAGCUUGGGGACACAAAAGAGCUGGAGGACUUCAUUGCUGAUCUUGACAGAGCACUAGCAAGUAUGUGAAAUGAAUUUUCAGCAUUGUGCUUGCAUGUGGGUGUCCUCUGAAGGAUAAGUGACAUCAAUCAGCGAGAACUGCUGCCCUUGUCUGAUAACUUUGCUCAAGAUGCCCUCUAAACAUAACCUUUGUGAACUCCUGCAAGUAUUUAACUGGCAACAUUGAACGUUGGUUUUG